CAACUAUAAAAAUUAAACGGUAAAGGUAAAACCACGAGAGCACGGUGUGCGCAAAUGUCUGCGCAGUAGGCGCCGCUACGUCUGUUGACUGCUGGUCGGUCCAGUAACCACUUAAAGUUUUUUUUUCUUUAUUUCUUCCUACGAAAACGUUUUAGCCUGUGGACGACACGUUUAAUCUGUGGCACAGCGGGGCUCCCGGUGGGAGCGGCAGCGGGCCAAAUAAUGAACAGGCCUAAGCAUCAGCAGCAGUACGACCCGAAGAUCGCAGGUCUCUACGAUCUUGGCGACACGCUUGGCCGGGGCCAUUUUGCGGUGGUGAAGCUUGCUCGGCACGUCUUUACGGGAGAGCAAGUAGCCGUGAAGGUAAUCGACAAGACUAAGCUGGACGACGUUUCAAGGGCCCACUUGUUCCAGGAGGUUCGCUGCAUGAAACUGGUGCAGCAUCCGAAUGUUGUGCGGCUGUACGAAGUCAUCGACACUCAGACGAAACUCUACCUUGUACUCGAAUACGGCGAUGGGGGAGACAUGUACGAUUACAUUAUGAAGCACGAUCGGGGCGUCAGUGAGCAGGCCGCACGCAAGUACUUUCGGCAGAUCGUGCAUGCUAUUUGGUACUGCCACAAGCUCCACGUCGUGCACCGCGACCUUAAGCCGGAAAAUGUGGUCUUCUUUGAGAAACUGGAAAUGGUCAAGCUCACGGACUUCGGCUUUAGCAACAAGUUUUGUCCAGGCCAGAAACUCGAGACUUCUUGCGGCUCCCUGGCUUACUCAGCCCCCGAAAUCCUCUUGGGCGAUUCGUACGACGCGCCCAAAGUCGAUGUAUGGAGCCUGGGGGUUAUCCUCUACAUGCUGGUUUGUGGCCAUGCCCCUUUCCAAGAAGCCAAUGACAGCGAGACACUCACCAUGAUAAUGGACUGCAAGUACACCAUCCCCCCUUAUGUCUCUGAUGACUGCAAAAGGAUGAUAGCUCGCAUGCUUAUCCGUGACCCAGACAAACGUGCAAGCUUGGAGGAAAUCGCUGCUGACCCAUGGCUAACUGCAGGCGAUGCACCACAACCUGCUGACCACCUACCCCUCGUUCACAGGGAGCAUCUAUCUGAGGAGGACCACUCACACAUAGUACAGAAAAUGGUCAAUGGCUGCAUUGCAAACAAAGAUGAGAUUCUCGAGGCAUUGGACCGUAAUGAAUACAACUAUAUGACUGCUACAUAUUAUCUCUUGGCUGAGCGUAAGCUCCGUGCACAACGCCAAGAAAAAGCUCAACAGCUCAACCGUACUUCUAGGGCAGAUCUUUCUCCUGUAGCAGUUACUCCAGGUGUGUCCUCAGCGACUCCAUCCCCUGCACAAGAGCGGCCUAAUGUGGCCCAAGUGCUGGUUUCCCCUGGUGGCUUGCCAAGUAUUGCGCUGGAUCCUUCUGUGGGCCACCCUCUCACAUCACUGCUCAGUGUGUGCGCAGGCCCUCUUGAAGAUGACUCUUCCCUGGCUGUGCCAAGGUCCAGUCUGCCGCUGGGGCGGAAGUGCAGCAUAGUGCGAGAAGAAGAUGACCUGUCCUCUCUUGCCCCUUCCCAUUCGCCACCCAUACGAGGUGCAGUUUUCUCGGAGGAAAGCGAAUCAACGGAGUCUGAUGACCGCGCUGUGCGGCCUGUCCUUUCCCUGCCCACAGCCCCCAGUGGACCUUCUCCACUAAUGCCUGAUGGAGGCCCACAACGACAAUCACCCACAGUGCGGCUGCGCUGCAUUCCGGGUCGGCGUCUUCAUGCUGUAAAGAGCUCCCCACAAUUGCUGGGUGGCGCAGGUGACAUUCGUGUGAGACCAGGAGUGGGCAAGCUGCGUGUGCAUGCAGCAGGCCGCAAUCGAACAACAAGCUGCAGUAGCUCUGAUGAUGAGGAAGGCGACAAACGCCGCCAUCUUCCCACAGCAAAAGGCGACACACCACUCCAGGGAAGCCCAUCAGGCAGCGUUCUUCCAUCACCCCACGCACAUGAUGAGGGGUACUCGGCAGACAGCACCGAUAGCUUGGACAUUCUACCAGAUCCAGCCCCACGGCUCACUAACUCCGUUUCUUGCGGAGACUUGACAGUGGAGGAAUCUCCUGCACAUAAAAGUGAUGAGGGUGCAUCUUCUUCAGCUGUCCAGUGUGCCGAUGUAGUCCUUGUAGAAGAAAUGGCGUCAGCGGAUGCUCCACGAAUCUCUAACAGCUUCAGCCUUGCUGCAGGACUAAGCUGCCUUGGGCGUAAGUCAAGCCGCGAUGAGAUGCGAAGCAGCCGGUCACGCCUUGGAAGCAGCCUUGCCAAGCUAGUCCCCAAUGGAAGUCGAAGUAGUGCCUCCAACAAUGCAGGGGCAGGAGCACUGAAGCCCCAACUGGACAUCAACCAAAAUGGAUUCCGAAAAGGCCGCAGCAAAAGCCAGUCAGGGGUAGUAGAUGUGAAACUUGCGUCCAAGUGCUGCACACUUUGUUGAAGGGAAAUGCUUCCGUGACAAUCUCCCAGAACCGAGAAUACUCAGAGCCAUCCUCAGUAGGUGGAUCACAUUCCUGGGGGGACCAUGCCACGACUGUUUCUUCCAUGAUUAGCUGUUGUUACCCUUUUGCAGAGAGCCAGAGAGAGGCUCACAGGCAUUACUUAGCUUUCAUUUCCUUUGAAAGUAAUUUGUCUUAUGGGCACACUUGAUAGCCACCACUUAUUCAGUUGCUGAUUGCAGACUAGAACAUUACUUUUGCUUCAUAAAUUAUGGAAAGGCUAUAGUGCAAUUGAUAUCACAAACCAGCACCACCAAAGCUUUAACAGUUGUGCAUGGCUUAUUCAAGAAAUGUAACAAUGCUUCUAAAGAACUGCCAUCUGUUUUCUGUUGCAUUUUAUUUGGCUGCAAGAGCUGCUAGCAACUAGAAGCUUAUUAAGCUGGUAUUCCUCAUGGAAAAGUAUUAACACUUCCUUGUCAUGCAUUCGAACGCUAGUGCACUUUCACUGGUCACUGUAUUCACCACAUAAUCGUGUCUUCUUCCAUGGAGGGAGGCUGUUGCUUUGAAAUGGAAUGUGUAGCUCCUUUGAGCUUGCCACACAGACCGACAUAUGGCAUACAGGGGGGAGAGGAUACCCUACGAACAGCACAACAAAGUAGACAUAUGGUCAAAACAAAGCAAGUUCUUAGUACAAAAAGUUGUCCUCUUUCCUUAUUUACUCACUGUAACCUUAGUGAUGCUGUACACCAAAGUUGUAGGCAUAGUGGUGGAAGUUCAAAGGUGUUUGUGUCACAUUCCUAAUUCACACAGAUACGUGGAAGUUAUGUUCAACGUGUGUGGGCUUCUGUUGUUGUGCAACUGUUCAAUUUACAAAGAAACCGUAGCUAUUGUGUAACGCUGUUUAAAACUUCUGGUCGCAGUGCAGGCACUGGUGUCUUUUUUGAUGUCCCAGCCACGCUCGAUGUGUCACUUGGCACAGCCUGAAAGGUUCGGCCAGCACUAGUGGUUUUAGAGCUUUUUAGCAAGGACGUGGUUUGGAAGAUGAGUGCAAAGGCAGUACGAAGUGUGCCACCACACAUUGUUCCUGAAUGGAGAAUUCGAGUGGCCCUGGUACGAUUGUUUGCUGCUGUGGUUGCUGCUUGUGCAUUUAAAAUGAACACGGGUUGACCCAAAAGUGGCUUGUGCUUUGUUUUCUAAAGGGCGCAACGUGAGUGCAUGUACAUACUAGGUUGUCUAAGGCAAGCUUACCACUGUAUGCACUCUCUGCCCCUUCCCACUGUUUGUGGUGUAAAGUCAUGCAUCUUGUGUGUUCUCAGAACCAUGUCAUGUAACAAGGAGAGUGUGAAAUAGGCA